CAUGCGCAGCUGCCUGUGGCUGGGCCUGGCAUGGCCGCUACAAGCACUAGCUCCCGGCGCUGCGGGGACUCCAAGCGGGCUGUGGAGGCCACACAGCUAUGGACACCUAGAGGGCGACGUGUGCUGGCAACGCCUCUUCUCCUCCACCCAUUUUUUUCUGCGCGUGGACCCCAGUGGCCCCCUGCAAGGUACCCGCUGGUGCCACAGCCCUGGCAGCACUAUUGAAAUCUGCUCCAUCUGCAUGGGCAUCAAGGCACUCAAGGGUGCGCACAUCAGCUUCUCCGUGACCAUAAACCACUGGUGCAUGGUGGGGGUGGCAGGUGGUGGGCAGACGCUGGCGGGAAAUGGGGCUCUAGCGGCCACCUCACAUGCCCGGCCCCUGCAAUGGGUCUACACUGCCCACGGCAGGUUCCAGGAACCCACUGAGAACAGCUACAACACCUAUGCUUCACUUUGCUGGUGUCACAUGGCACUGGACAAGCAGGGUGCCCCACAAUGCAGUGGCCAGACCAGGUGGCACCACCUAUCCACCCACUUCCUGCCUAUCAUGGUCCCUGAGGCCCUGAGGGGCUGUGAAGACCAGCUAGGUGAGAUUCCAGAAGACACCUGGGCAGGCGGCUAGGGACCAGAGGCUGGAGGCCACCCAGGCUGUGGCCAAGCCAUAACGCCUGGUCACUCAUUCAUUUCACAAGCAUUGAGUGCCUGCUGUGUGCAGGGCUCUGGGGAACCUGCAAGAAACCCCACAAAAGUGGCCCGGCCCUCAUCUGAGUCUGACAGGGGGGUGGACACUCAGCUGGGCAGGGGCUGGAGGUGUCCAGUCAUGAGCUGGGUAGUGAAGAGUCCCCAGCAAUGCACCUCCUGGCCUAGAAACAGGAUUCAGCCAUGUGGUCACCAGAAGGCCUGAGAAGGGCACCCCAGGCCGGGACACAGCCUGUCAGAGGCUCAGCAGUGGGAACCCAUUGGAGUGUUGAGGCAGCAAGGAGUGGGGGAACCAG